UGAAAUUGGAAACGGCAAGGAGGGGAGGAGAGAGAAAGAAAAGAAAUAUGUUUCUUGUUUCCUUUUAGACAGACUAUUGUAAACCAUGGAGAGAAGAGAACAGCACAGCAGUGGUCGAGGAAGCAGUGAGGCCAAGACUGAAGCCAACAGCCAUGAUGGGUCCUCACACAUCAUCACUAUUGUUUUCUUGAUGCUUCUGAUCGAUUUGCUUGGGUUUACUCUCAUCUUACCGCUGCUGCCUUCCAUACUGGAAUAUUAUGGAAAGACUGAUCACGAUGGUGUUUAUCAAUCCUUGCAACAUUCUGUAUCCUGGUUUGCUGAUAUGAUCGGGGUUCCCAGUGUAAGAAAAUAUAACAGUGUCCUCUUUGGGGGGCUCAUUGGAUCCAUGUUCUCCGUGCUGCAAUUCCUCGUAGCCCCUGUGACUGGUGCAGCCUCUGACUAUUUUGGCCGGAGACCGUUGAUGAUGCUGACUAUGGCUGGGCUGAUUGCUUCCUACGCUCUGUGGGCUCUCUCCCGGAACUUUGGGAUUUUCCUCCUGUCUAGAAUUGUUGGAGGGAUCAGUAAAGGGAAUGUCAGCCUGUCAACUGCCAUCAUUGCCGACCUCCCGUCUCCACAGACCCGCAGCAAGGGAAUGGCAAUGAUUGGUGUUGCGUUUUCACUUGGCUUUACGAUUGGACCAAUGAUUGGAGCUUACUUUGCAUCGAGCGCUGAGAAGGAUGGCAGCUUCUUCGUGCAGACGGCACAGCUUGCCUUGUUGUUUGCAGUGUCAGACCUGGUCUUCAUCAUCCUCUUCCUCCCAGAGACCCUCCCCAGAGAGAAGCGGGUCUCCUCGGUCUUCACCACAUUCCAGAAUGCCAUCGACCUCCUCAGUCCUGUGGCUCUGCUUCAGUUCUCUGCCAUUCAACGACAGGCCAAUUCUCCCUCUCCAGAAGGGAUGCAGACACUGAAAGUUCUUGGACUGGUGUAUUUCCUCUACCUGUUCCUGUUCUCUGGCCUGGAGUACACACUCAGCUUUCUCACUCACCAACGUUUCCAUUUUAACAGUAUGCAACAAGGGAAGAUGUUCUUCUUUGUGGGGAUUACAAUGGCGUUGGUCCAGGGUGGAUAUGCUCGAAGGAUCCAGCCUGGCAAUGAAGUGAAAGCUGUAAAGAGGGCAAUCGCCCUGCUGAUUCCAGCUUUUCUUAUCAUUGGCUGGGCCAACACAGUGCUUAUCCUGUACAUCGGUCUCCUCUUCUACUCAUUCGCUGCUGCGAUAGUCAUUCCCUGCCUGUCUGCUGUGGUGUCAGGAUAUGGUGCAGCUAAUCAAAAAGGAACUGUGAUGGGAAUUCUUCGCAGUCUUGGAGCUUUGGCUCGAGCUUUGGGACCAGUCAUGGCAGCUACUGUUUACUGGCUGACAGGGGCAGAGGUUUGUUUCACCGUCACCAGCUUCACCUUCCUGAUCCCGCUUGCACUUCUUACAAUUCCCAAAGUGAAGAAAACAGAAUGAGGACCAGAAGAAAUGAACUGGCCAUGUAAACCUUAGUGAGGACUGCACUGGAUUCGCACUUGGAACAACAGCAGUCUUUAAAGAAAUCUUAAAGCAGGCAAUAAAGUAUACAAGCAACUGCAUAUCAGAAAAAAAAUGUUUUAACAAAGAAGUACAAUGGUAAUGUGUAGCUUAACAUUGAGAGUAUAGUGAACAGUUCCACAGUAAAUGAGUUGACAGAGUUUAACAAUGGUAACAAUAUGGUCAAAGGUUUUUAAUAGCCACUUGUGCGUCAUUUAUACUUUGCUCCUUGGGUGGGACUGUGCUAAUUUUUCCAGUACUUUAAUGGAGGUUUGGCUUUAUCACAGUUAAAAGCUAUAAUUUGGAAGAUUAGGUAAUGCAUCCUCCAACUCUACUUCUAAUAAAAGUCAUCAAACUAAAAUGGUAACACAUUUCUCUCACCACUGAUGCUGCUUUGACCUGUUGUGUUUCCAGCAUUCCUUGUUUUUCUUCAGCAUCCGCAGUAUCUGUGCUUCAGUUCUGGGUUCAUUGUUUAUCUUUAGCUUGGUUGCUGCCUGUAAUAUCCUGUUGGAGAGGAGUUUGGAUCUGUCUGAACCUAUUUGCACCUAGGUAUGGACAGACAGAAUACCAUUUUCCCCAUCAGUUUCAGAGAUAGAGUAGGAUCUGAGGCAUGUUGCUAAUAGAGCAGCAAGAUCUAUAUCAUUAUUGUUAUACCUCAAAGUUUUCUAUUCACUGGCAUUAAGAUUUGCAGAUGCUAUCCAAUACUGAAUCCAUUGAAAAUUAAUGCAGGAUAUUAGUGUUUAGUGCUAACAGUUGAAAACCUGAACAGGCAAAUGACUAGGCGACUAUGAAAGGAAUGUACCAGAGAUGGGAUCGGGAGUGAUACAUUUAUCAAAUGCUGACCUCCUUUUGAAGGAAUUGAGAAUCUCAGUAUGAACAAGAUUGUAUCGAAAGACCAUGGUGAUUUUGUAAAUUGUAUCUCCUCCUCCUCUUGCAAAAAUACUUACAAACUGUGUACUGUUUCAAAGUUGUACAUCAUUGCCAUAAUUGACAAGAGGAAUGGACAUGGGAUUAGUCUAGUUUGCAGAGCUUCAGCUAUUUGUACCUUCAUUACCUAAGCAAUGGUAAAUGUGCCUUCUUAGGCCUAAUUCCAAAACCUUACUUAGGCACUGCUUCACCAUCAUUUCUCAUCCCACAAUUGAUGAUCAUGCCAUCAGCUAUCUAAAUUUUAAGCUCAAAUUCUCUCUCAACUUCUGCCCUCUACCUCUUUUAACACCCUCCUGAAUGCUGUACCUACCUUUCAUGCAAAGCUGUUAGUCACUUCAUCUAACAUUCCUUCCUUUGCGUGGUGUAAAUGCCUGAUUCUGUCUCUUUCCAAAUACACCGUACAGACGGCUGAGUAUUUCCAGCAUCUGCAGUAUUUUGUCUGUUUUUAAACCUGUUAGUGUAAUCAAUACCAAAGAAUGAUUUGACAAUACAGCCUCAUGCAGCAACUGUUUUGAAUUCCUAUUAUUGCGGUGUUGUCAAAAAGCUUCAACUGCAUUGAAAUUACAGGUUUCAAAGUGAAAUACGUAAUAUAUAAACUUGUGGGAUUAAUCAUAAACCAAGUCCCCAUAUAAAAUUUGCCAUUACAUCUUAAAACUAAAAUGAUAAACGUACAUGUAUACUGUGGCUGUCUUGCUGUAUUUUGAUAUCAAACUGAAAUACUGUAGUUGCACUGUUUUGUACACCAA